AGUCAUUCAUUAUUUAUAGUGAUGUUAUAGUCAAAUUGCAAUUUUGAAAACAAAAACAUACAAAAUUAAGUGCUAUUACAAUAAAUAUAACAAAUAAAUUGUUGUUCAUUUUGUGUAACUUAGUGUACAGAGGCUCACACAACAUGCACAGAAUAGUACAUUUGGAUUUAAAAGGUGCACCGUUCAAAGUACAUUAUCUAGAAAAGGUGAUACUAGCAGCAAAGUCAUGGGGAGCAACGGGCAUACUUCUAGAGUGGGAGGACACCUUUCCUUACUCCGCAGCAUUGGCAGACAUUGGCAGCGUCCGGGGCAGCGGGGGCGAUGGGAUGUACAGCUUGGAUGAAGUUCGGCACCUGCUGAGGUUCAUUAAGGAUCAUGGCUUGGAACCUAUCCAGCUAGUCCAAACCAUUGGGCACAUGGAGUUUGUGCUAAAGCACCCAGCUUACCACAGCCUUCGGGAAUUAGCGCGCUCACCGGCCGUGCUGUGUCCGUCCCGGCCUGAAGCCCUACAGCUGGUCAAGAUGAUGCUGGAGCAGACGCUGGACGCUCAGCCCGCGGCGGAGUACCUGCAUAUUGGGGCGGACGAGGUGUGGCAUACAGCAGUAUGUGCAGACUGCCAGAGCCGAGCUGCCAACAACAUUCACAACACCGCUAGCCUAUAUCUAGAGCACAUACGAGAACUGGCCUUAUUCCUUAAGCAGAAGAGGCCACAUUUGACUGUACUUAUGUGGGAUGAUAUGCUACGGUCGGUUAAAGCUGAUACCUUGAAUGCAUAUCAGCUAGGAGAGCUGGUUCAACCAGUUGUAUGGCAAUACAACGCCAUGGAGCACUUCCACAUAGACCCGUCACUGUGGGAGAGCUACCGGCAAGUGUUCCCGCAGGUUUGGGCCGGCUCUGCGUUUAAAGGGGCCAAUGGCAGUUGUCAGAUACUGUCCCCAGUUAGAAGGUACGUCAGCAACCAGGAAGCAUGGAGGAUGGAAGUAAAGAAGUACAGCCACAGCAUCAGCUUCGCUGGAAUAAUUUUGACUGGCUGGUCAAGGUUCGACCACUACGCGACGUUAUGUGAACUGCUACCAGUGUCGCUGCCAAGUCUCGCGAGCUGUCUAAAGGUCUGGACUAUGGACGACAUGUCUAUAGAUAAUACAGUAGUAAGCGAAGUCCUACCCCCGGAGCAGUGGCCGGGCUCGGAGCUGGCACGGUGCGUGCACUCCUUCGUCGUGCUUCGCGACCGUGCCUACACUAUAGUGCACGGUGACCUAGUAAAAACUUGGCUGAAUCCGUGGCAAAUAGAAAAUGGUUACAUAAACCCCGUCCAAGUAGAGGGCCUGGCCAUGACCGUCCAGCAGUUACUUCUAGAACUAACAUCUCUCCAAACCGACCUAACCCGAACCCUGUACGCGGUGACGGGAUCCCGCAGCGCCGGCGAGUGGCUGGCCACCUUCCCUGCCCCGGUGCUCAAGCAGCUGACGGAGCUGCGCGACGUGGCCGCGGCGGCCGCCAAGGCAGACGCUAGUGUUAGCCCGAGGCCGAAGCACUGCCAUUUGAUGUCGCCCACUUAGGUUCAGAUGGAAGACAACACGUAUGUCAAUGAAAUCAAGGUGUACGCCGAGAGGAUGCUGCCCUUACCUUACACCUAACGGCUAUUGAGAGGUCAUAGAAUGAUGGAAUCUGAAGUACAUGUACUUACAGUCAGCAUCCUAGGUAGCGAAUCAGACUGUGUCAAAAGUAUUUACCAUUUCCUAAUACCUAGAUAACAAAAAUAUGUACGUAUGCAUAUAGAACAAUUCGACGGUGACAGAUACUUUGGAACGCGAGCGAAAAUAAUUCUAGGAUGGCAGACACUUUUAUGGAGCAUUGUUUUAUCCGCUACUAUUGUAGUUGACUGUACUAAGCGAAAACAUAGAGAAAUAUACAACACAACUAUAGACAAGACAUAUACAAGACAACAACAGACAGUAUAGACAAGAGUGCUCAGUGCUCACUCUAUCUCCAUACAUUAGUUUUGGUACCAACAAUAUUAGUAUUUUCAUAGUCGACAUCUAGCAUCGAGUAGCGGAUUUAUCAGUACUGCUACUUGACAAUAGAUUUAGUGGCGACCGAAAAGUCUAAUGCUGAACAAUUUUCAGUUAAUAUUAUAAACGGAUUAACCGGAACUCUAUUUUCAACUCCUUCCGCUUCUAAUAUUAGUUGUAAAUUGUUGUUUAAUACAAUUUUCGUGGGUCGCCACUCGAGAGACAUCUAGUAUCGAGUAGCGGUACUGAUAAUUCCGCUACUCGAUGCUAGAUGUCGACUAUGAAAAUACUAAUAUUUUUGGUACCAAAACUGAUGUAUGGAGUGAGCAUUCUUGUCUUAUUAUAUAUUUCUCUAUGGCGAAAACGACGUACCUAUUGUAUGUAAAUAUAAUUAAAGAGAAUGUUUGUACGUUAAUAGAGAGGUAAAGUCUAAGAAAAAAACGUGCACCUUAGUUUGACAUCCAAACAAGAUGGCGCUGUAUUCCGGCAUAUGUUUUGCGGAAUGUUAAACGUCAAUUUUUUUGACAGUCAGAAAUACCGCAAAAUGUAUGG